AUGACUGAAGUUGAAUCCAGAGAGCCAUCAACGUUUGAGAAAGCCCUACAUUCAUGGUCUGAGGUGAAUUUGCCCUCUUUACAAGCAGAAUUGGAUGAUCCUGCUACAAAGAUUCAAACAUUUCAAGAAUCAACAUUGACUUCACGUCGUGCAUUGGCUCAACGUACUAAAGAGUUCAAAAAGCAUGAUGAAGAGACUAAAUUGAAAGAAAUCAAAUCUUUGCUAAAAUUAUAUCAGACAGAGAUUGAUUCUUUGACUGAAAGGGCUAAGUGUGCGGAAGGAGCUUUUUUCAAUGUUUAUAGAGCUAUAAGUGAAUUACCAGACCCCAAACCACUAUUGGAAGUGUCUUUGGAUAGUGUCAUGACUGCUGGGGAAGUUGAUGAAUUGAAAGUUGAGAAUAAAAGAUUACAGGAUGAAUUGUUGAAAUAUGCUGAUUAUGAACAACUGAAGAGUAGACUGUUACGGAUGGAGCAAAAGAGCGCUGAACAAUUGGCAAAUAGAUUGAAAUUAAAAGAAGGGGAAAUGAGAGGUGAAUUUGAAGAAAAGGAGAAAAACUGGGAGGAGAAAGAAGGAAACUUUCUGAAACAAGUUGAUGAGUUAAAGAAACAAGUUAUAGAGUUCAAGACUCAAACUGAAGUGGAUGGAUUAAGAUUACAAAAUCAAUCAGAUGCUUUUAGUGAAAAUAAAGGUGAAGACUUGGAAUUACUAAAGAGAGAAAACGAAAGUAUUGAAUUAAGAAACUUGCAGCUUGAAAAGAGAAAUCAAGACCUUAGUAAAGAAUUGAAAGUUGUCAAAAGUGGCUUAGCUAAAGAAGAAGCUCAAUUGAAAAAUGAAUCAAAAUUGGGUGAAUUAGAAAGUGAAAAUGCUACUUUAGUUGCCAAGUUAGAUCAUAAGAAACGUCUAACUGAAACAAAUACAAAGCAACAAACUACAAAGAUCAAUGUUUUGAAAAGAGAUAUUGCAACAUUACAAGGUGAAUUGAAGAAUUUGAGAAGCAAGAUGAUACAAUAUAAAGACUAUGAUGAUUUAAAACAAGAAUUGAACACAUUACGUGCAAUUUCAUUUGGUCAUGGUGACGAUGAUGAUAACGAAGAUAAUGAUGAUGAUGAAACUGAUGAACAAGAUCCAGUGAAAACAAGCUCCACACAAUUGGAUGAAAUUUUGGUAUCAAGAAACAAGAAACUAACUGCAGAAAUUGCAGAGUUCAGAUCUCAACACGAAGAGUUAAUCAAUGAAAUCACACAAUUAAAGAAGAGUUUGACCGAUUCCAACUCUGAAGUUACAAGGUUAGUUCAAUUGAGUAAUAAGUUGGAAUCUGAUUUGACACACUUUCAACCUCCAAAACUGGAUACAAUGAGUAUGAUUUCUGGUGUCACAAGAGGUACAAAUACGACUAGAGCUCCAGUGGGUAACAGAAGUGGGCGUAUAUCCCCAGCAUCUUCAAUUGCAGGUGGAUCAAUAAGAGAAGAACCAAUAGCAGAAUCAGAAUCCUCAGUUUUACCAAUCAUUACAUCCCAGAGAGAUAGAUUCCGUAAUCGAAACAUUGAGUUGGAAAGUCAAAUCAAAAAGCAAAACAACAUUAUAAGUGAUUUGAAAUCUCAAUUGAAUAAAUUAAAACAACAAAAUACAGAAUUAUUCGAAAGAACAAGAUAUUUGGCUUCAUAUAAAGGAUCUGUUCGUCGUUCAAGUCGUGAUCAAGAUAAUGAUCCAGAAAAACAAUUGGAAGAAAGCUAUGAAGAAUCAUUACAUCCAUUAGCGAAAUUCCGUCAAAGAGAAAUGGAGAGAGUCACAUCAAGAUUAAGUACAUUGGAAAGAAUAUUUUUGAGUUUUGCAAAGGCUAUAUUGGAAAAUAAAACAAGUAGAAUGCUAUUUUUGGGAUAUUGUGUUGGUUUACAUUGUCUAGUGAUGGCUAUGAGUGUGUACGUGAUGAGUUUACAUGGUGCUUUGACACCUGAGGUUGGUAUAAUUGAUAAGAGUGCAGGUUCUAGCAACCCUGGUAUAUGA